UCGUGGAUUUCCAGAGAGCACAAGAGUUCGCGUUGUGAAACAGACGAGAGCUGUUUGUUGGUCCUCCAAGUUGUUUUCCGAGAGUGGUGCGAUUAUGUGUGUGGAUUUAUCUCGGUUGUGAAUUUUUCUCCUUCUUUUUGUGACAUGGAGGUGACGUUUGGAUUAGCCCUUUUGGCCCUCUUUCCGGCCGCCCUUUCCACCACCAACAUCACCGCCUACACCCGCGCCCUCCCAUCCGAACUCAAACCAACGGUCAGGGCCGCUCUGGGGGCGGAACUACACACGCCCCGCCCUUGCCAAUCACACGAUACUAUCCCUUGUCCGCCUAAUAAAUACAGGCGGCCGUCAGGCGAAUGUAACAAUGUUCGGCACGCCCAUUGGGGCACUCGGGGAGUUCCAUUCUUACGACUCCUCCCACCCGAUUAUGCCGAUGGGCGGAGUCAGCCGCGCCAGUCUGUUACGACUCAUGCUUUACCAAGUCCCUUGGACGUGACUGUGACCUUGCAAACGGUACCGGCCACUCCCCAUGAGUCAGUCACCGCCCUUUUGGGGGCGUGGAGCGAGUUAUUACUCCAUGAUUUGGCGAGUACUGGGAAUUUGAAGAGUCAGGAUUGUUGCAGCGAUGAGAGGAAGCAUGGAGAGUGUUAUGGGAGGGUGGGGCAUGGCCAGUGCAGGGAAUAUAUGCGGACGUUGCCGGCCAUUGACAUGGACGACUGCGAUUUUAAGUACCGAAAUCAGAUGAACUUGGCCUCGUCCUUUUUGGACGCUUCGGCCAUUUACGGAAAUACCGACCAACAAGUCGAAAAAUUACGAACGUACGAUGCCGGUCUUGUCAAUGUCUCGGCUUGUACCUCGUGUCGCUCCAACGCCCUCUAUUCGGCCAUUUUGAAAGAACACAAUCGAGUUGCCAUUAAUUUAGCCCAAUUGAACCGUCAUUGGACCGACGAAACUUUAUUCCUAGAGAGUAAACGAAUCGUGACAGCUAUGCUUCAACACAUCACCUAUAACGAGUUUCUUCCAAUUGUAUUGGGCAAUGAAGCCAUCGUACAGUCCGACCUCCAAUUACAAAGUCAUGGGCGGUUUUCAAAAUACUCGAGCUCGCACAGGGCUGGGGUUUACAACGAGGUGGCUAUGAGUGCUCUCCCCGCCCUCCUUUCGAUGAUCCCUUCCACUUUGAUGAACGAAACUGUUGAAAGUUUCGCCGAAAUGGUGGAUGUUUUGAUUAGAACACCGGCGCAAAGUCCCAGUAUGCACAUGAUGGUACCAUUGCGCGCGGAUUGGGACACGGCGGCCCUUUUCGUCCAUAUGGGACGCGACCAUGGGAUUCCCCCUUACACCCAGUAUCUCGCAAAGUGCCAAAAUCUCACAAUUGGGGAUUUUGACGACUUUACCAAAUCUGGAAUUAGCCCCGAAUUGGUCAAAGCCUUGAAGUACCUCUACCAAGUACCAGAAGAUGUUGAUCUCCUAGUUGGUUCAUUGUUGGAAAGACCGAUUCCUGGGGCUAUCGUUGGAGGAACCCUCGAGUGUCUCUUACGCGAACAAUUUAUUCUUUUGAAGCAAAGUGACCGGUUUUGGUACGAAAAUGAUUUACCCCCGAGUUCGCUAACAACGGAACAAUUAGCCGAAAUUAAGAAAGUAUCUCUGGCUGGGUUAUUGUGUGCAAACACUGACGAUUUGGAUAAGAUUCAACCCAAGGCUUUCGUCCAGGAGGAUCCUUAUUUGAACGCUAGAUUGUCGUGCGACCAACACCCUCUCCCCCAACUAACCCCCUGGUUGGAGAUGGACCACAUGGCCGACCUCUCGGAAGACCUCCUCAUGGAAGCCCUCGUCAAAGCCGAACAAGACGUCCUCGAGCGUCGCAAAACCGAAUACGAGCUGUGGGCCACCGUCGGGGGCAUUGACCCCAAAUCCCCCGCUGGGACCGCCGCCUCCUUCAGCAAAGCCAACAAACAGGCCCUUAAACUCGCAAACACGUCUUUACUAUUCGAGUUUGCCUCCAACGAAAUCAUCAAUUCGUUAAUGCACCGGCGAAGACGACGCCAACUUUUCGACAAUAACGUCAUUUCGUCGGUGUUUCGUGACGAACUCUCAGACGGGUUGCAAAAUGUCGAUAUUUCAUCAUUAAUCCCAGCCAACGCGAUUGAUUUAGACACGCAUUGUGAUGAGACCGCCCCUUGCGACCCUAACACCCCCUACCGGACGAUGACCGGCCAUUGUAACAAUUUACGGAAUCCUAAUUGGGGCAAAAGUCUCACCACGUUCACCAGACUCCUCCCUAGCGCCUACGAUGACGGUAUAUCUAAACCACGCCUUUUGGGCGUGACCGGAGCCCCUCUCCCCUCCCCUAGAAUCGUCUCCACCCUCAUCCACCCCGAUAUCAGCAACCUCCACUCCAGAUACACCCUCAUGGUCAUGCAAUUUGGUCAAUUCCUGGACCAUGAUUUGACUAUGACACCCAUCCAUAAGGGUUUCCAUGAGUCCAUCCCGGAUUGCCGGUCAUGUGACAGUCCCCGGACUGUCCACCCGGAAUGCCACCCUUUUCCCAUCCCCCCCUCCGAUCACUACUACCCGGAAAUCAAUAUCACUUCCGGUCAAAGAAUGUGUUUCCCGUUCAUGAGAUCCCUUCCCGGCCAACUCCAUCUCGGACCGAGGGAACAAGUCAACCAAAACACGGCCUUCUUGGAUGCCUCCCAAAUCUACGGUGAAAACCCAUGUGUUUUGAAAGAUUUGAAAGGCAUAGGGGGGCGGAUGAAUUGCACGCAACGCCCCCUCAAACUCAAGGACCUCCUCCCUCAAAGUGACCACCACCCAGAAUGUAAAGCCGCCAGUGGGUUGUGUUUCAUAGCCGGAGAUGGACGAGCUUCAGAACAACCCGGUUUAACCGUAAUUCAUACAAUUUUCAUGCGGGAACAUAACCGGCUUGUUGAUGGGAUAAAACAGGUUAACCCUCAUUGGGACGAUGAGAAGUUAUUCGAGCAUGCGCGUCGGAUUAUGAUAGCCGCUAACCAACACAUAACCUACAAUGAGUGGUUACCUAGACUUUUGAGUUGGAAUGCGGUUAAUUUGUAUGGGUUGAAACUCCUCCCUCAGGGUUACUACAAGGAUUACAACCCGUCGUGUAACCCUGCGAUUCUGACUGAAUUCGCAGCAGCGGCUUUCCGGAUUGGUCACUCGUUACUCCGCCCUCAUAUCCCGCGUCUAAGCCCCUCCUACCAGAUCAUAGACCCUCCUAUUCUCCUCCGGGACGGUUUCUUCAAACCUGAUAUGCUCCUCCAAACCGGAAUGGUGGACGAAAUCGCCAGAGGCCUUGUUUCCACACCAAUGGAAACUCUCGAUCAGUUUAUAACCGGCGAAGUAACCAAUCAUUUAUUCGAAGACCGGAAAAUCCCCUUCUCGGGGGUGGAUCUAAUCGCACUCAACAUUCAACGAGGGCGUGACCACGGAAUCCCCUCCUACAACAACUACCGUGCUUUAUGUAACCUCAAACGAGCGUCAAACUUCGAGGAUUUAGCCCGGGAAAUCCCCCCCGAGGUAAUCGCCCGAUUUAAACGAAUCUACCCGACUGUGGACGAUAUAGACUUGUUCCCGGGCGGUUUAAGCGAACGACCCCUUCAAGGGGGCCUCGUGGGCCCCACUUUCGCCUGCAUCAUAGCAAUCCAGUUCCGCCAACUGCGCAAAUGUGACCGGUUUUGGUACGAAAACCAAGACUCGAGUGUGCGAUUCUCCGAACCCCAACUAGCCGAAAUCCGCAAGGUCACACUCGCGAAAAUUAUCUGUGAUAAUCUAGACGUCCAUGGAGACAUGCAACGCGCCGCCUUUGACCUCCCCAGUAAUUUCCUCAAUCCCAGAGUGCCAUGUGAUUCGCUCCCGAAGCUCGAUUUCGGGGCGUGGCGCGAGUCAGUGGGCUCGGGGUGUGUCAUAGGUGACCGCAUGGUGGAUGUGGGCCAAUCAGCGUUCCCGUCGCCAUGCACGAGUUGCAUUUGUACACAGGAGGGGGGCCAGUGUGCAUCGCUACGAGUCACCGAUUGCUCGCAGCUGUUGAGGGAGUGGCCUAAGGAGGUGGUGCUAAGGGAUGAUGUGUGUUCGGCCCAAUGCGGGUUCUUGUUGAGGAAUGAGGGACCGCAACCCGGCUUGAAUACCGAUUUGACGCCGCCUCCGAGGCAUUUAAGGGCGAGGCAGUUAGGACGGCCUCCCAGGAUUCCAAAUAGGAGUUUUAACGGAUUUGGGGAGUUUAAGUUACCGGAUUUGUCGGUGUUUGUGGCCAAGUGAACAAAAAGUGGACAAAUUAUUUAUGAAUUUUUCGAUGAACGAGGGACUAAAAUGGGGUUGUAAAUAAAAUGAGGGCCUCGGGGAAGUUUUUUAUAGAAAUUUGAGUGAUUGUGAUUCGAGAAAAGGCACUAGAAAUGUUACCAACUUUAGGGUUAAUCCAAUUUGUGUCUUAGUUUUUGUACUUGUAUUUUAUAUCUUAUUGUUGUUUUGUAUACAGUUUACACUGCCUUCUGUACUAUUAUUCUCUACUCUGUUGUUAAUACUUGUACUCCUCUUACAUAAUUAAACUAUCAUUAUUUUUUUA